AUGCGUUUUCCUUCGCCGGAGGUAAUGGCCUCGUGGCCAAAGCCCAACUAUGAGAAUCCGGAGAAUCGGGGCCCGGCACUUUUGAUUGUCGAAUUAGUUGCGUUGCCGCUUGCAAUCAUUUGUGUGGCUUUGCGAUUAUACGUUCGAGUCCAUUUGAUCAAGGGAAGCGGCUGGGAUGACUGGCUCAUGGUGGCCGCCGUAUUCUUUUGUUGUGGCGUGACGGUGUCUGUUAUACUCGCUACUCAACUAUAUGGCUGGAAUAUCCAUGUCUGGGACUUAACAUUCAAAGAGAUCGUUCAGGGUCGUAAAAUCUCAAUAGCUGGGCAAACAAUCUUUGUCUUCGCGUCCGGUCUGGUAAAGCUCUCGAUUUUGGUCAGCUAUUUGCGUAUUGCGGUCCCUGGAUCUCUGUUCAGGCAGGUGACUUGGGCCACCAUUGGAAUCGUAACUGUUGCGAUACCUGUGUUCCUGCUGCUACUAUGGCUGCAGUGCAUACCCUCCACGUCGUAUUGGAACCUCUUUGCACCGGAGCGAGACUGUAUCCCGGAGGCACCGCCAUUAAUGGGCCAGACGAUUGUGACAGUUAUUACCGACUUUGUCGUAUAUAUUUUGCCGAUGCCGACGCUGUGGGCUCUUAAAUUGCCCCUGACCCAACGCAUAGGCCUGAUGACAGUCUUUGGCUUGGGUUCCGUUGUAGUGGUGGCCGGGUGCAUGCGCUCGUACUGGAUCUACCACGUCGAGGUGCAGACAUACGAUGUGACGUGGGAGGGCUUCUACCUCUGGAUCUGGGCCGCGGUCGAGGUGAACCUGAGCGUCAUUUGCGGUUGCGCGCCAGUGCUCAAAUCUCUUUUGUUUGGUGUUUCUCAGGGCAAGGUCUCGCAGUAUACCACCAAUUUUGGCGAGAACAGUUUCGAUUAUUCCAAACUCCCCAGAAUACCACGGGCCAAUAUGGGCACGUCGAAGAGGAACGACGGUAUCAAUACAUUCAUCAUGCUUGAUAGCCUCAAGGCUGCAGAAGGGGACUUCGAUACUACUGCUACCGUAUCGAGACCCUCCAAUGCAGCGGCUCCAGGCAUUGUGGUCUAUCGGGCUACCAAAGAAGGGUAUCAGAAUUUAUUCUAG